ACUGUAUGCCUGAACUGAAACGGAUGCCAGAAGUGAAAAAAAUGCCGGAACUCACUGAAGUAGACAAGGCUACGGCUUCUAUGACAGAGAAGCGAAAGGAAGAGACCGCGUCGUCAGAUAGUGACUCUGAUGACACUAUUCCAGAACUGGAAGAUGCGGGAGUACCAGGAACUGGUGGCAUCGCAAACCCUAUUCCCGGUAUCGACAUUGUCUCAAAGGCCAAGCAGUCUCGCGGAGAGAAGAAGGCGCGCAAGAUUAUGAGCAAACUUGGUCUUAAACCUGUCCAAGGAGUGAACAGAGUAACCAUCAGGAAAUCUAAAAACAUCCUGUUUGUAAUCAACUCUCCUGAUGUGUACAAGAAUCCCCAUUCAGACACAUACAUCGUUUUUGGAGAGGCUAAGAUAGAGGAUCUGUCACAGCAAGCCACCAUGGCAGCCGCUGAAAGGUUCAAGGCUCCAGAGACUGCGGCUGCUGGACUUGAUUCUGCUGCUGCCGGCACGACUGUAGCCCCAAUAGCAGAAGAAGAAGACGAGGAAGGAGUAGACGAGUCGGGCGUAGACGAAAAGGACGUGGAAAUAGUUAUGUCACAGGCCAACGUGUCGCGAGCGAGAGCCGUGCGCGCCUUGAGAAACAACCAAUCAGAUAUUGUCAACGCUAUUAUGGAGCUGACAAUGUAGGCAACAUAGUCACAA